AUGCACGUCAGUAUUUUAGCUGGAAAUACCGGCGAAUUCGACGUUAGUAUGGCCGCUAAGACAAAACCUUUUAAAUCCACUGUAGAAACGAUAUCCGUUGUGGAUCUCCACUUGUUGCUAGAAGACGCCAAGUCGGAUCAGAUUCUGGUCGCUGAUGUUCGCCAGACUGAUUUUGAGGGUUCAUUCAUAGAGGGCGCAUUCAAUCUUCCUGCGCAUUCUUUCAAUCCAACCCUUCAACCAUUGAUACCGAUUCUCAGCCGAUAUUUCCUGGUUAUUUUUCAUUGCAACAAUUGCAAGCCGAAUGGACAUGGACCUCGUACAGCGGCUUGGUACCAAGAUGAACUGGAUAGGCAGGGGCUAAUUGAGAGCCGAGCUGCUGUUUUGGAAGGAGGCAUCAAAGGCUGGAUCAACAAGUACAGCGAAGACGAACUCACGUCGAAGCUUUGA